UUGAGUGUUUCAACGGCCUGAGGCAAAGUAGCCUUAAGCUAGACCAAUAUUCAUUGAAUCAUUUUAAUGGUAAUAAUUUGGUUACCCUGUUUUAAAUGCGUUGUGCUUCAUCUUCCAGGGUUUACAAUUUACCUGUUCAGAUAAUACGGUCAGGGUUUUGAAUUUUGUACCGCAUUUGCAGGUUACUGAGCAACUCUUCAGUUUCCAUUCUCACCACGCAAUUGAACCCUUUACAUUACUGGCAACUUAAUUACCUAUGUAUAAAGACUUUCCUAAUUCUCUUUUGAUUCUCUUUAAAUUUGGUAAACACACAUACUAAUGAAUUCUGAUAUUAUUAUGAAAAUCUGUUGUUUCCUUUUUUAUUUUUUCUAUAAUUGUGUUCUUAACCCUCACCCGUCCCAAUUUUUCUACCACCUUCUCAAGCUUCAUUAUCUUUUGAUUCUCUCUUUAGUUUUUCUUUUUUAGUUUUGAUCAAAAUGAAUUUGAAACCUUGCUUUCACUGGAUCCCUUCCAAAGCUGAAGAAGAAAAAGGAGUUGGCAGUGGAAGGUUUCCUCUGCAAUCAAUUCGUUGUGAUUUGGUGGAUGUAAGAGAGGAUUCAAACAUACCAUUGGACUUGAUGAAACAAUGGGAGAUUAGGAAAACACUUGCACCGGUUGAUAUUGGAUCUCUUGGCGGGCUAGUUUUGGAUCCUGUACCGGUUUACAAUAAUAUCUUUAGGUAUUGGAAUCAUCAAUUGGUUUUGAGCUUGAUAGAACGUGGGCAGCAGAUUCCGGUCAUCAUCAGGGAUUUGGAUACUAAAAGUGAGCAUUCUUUGUUCAUUAAGAAGUCUACUAUUGAUGAAUCCUUCAUAAUCUCUACAUUUUGGGUCAGGGAUUUUGUUGACAGGAGGGAUCUCAAGGAAGGUGAUAUGAUUGGGAUGUAUUGGCAUCCCCGUACUGACUCUUUCUGUUUCUCUGUCUUGAAACGCGCUGGUGUAGAAUGA